AUGAUCGUUUUAGAAGCCGAGAUACUCGCUUCCCGAUUCGAUUAUUGCCCGAGUCUUAGAGCCGUUUCAAAAGACAAAGGGAAAAGGGAGACCGGGCCUUUACUCAUUUUCCCCCUUCUCUCUGAGCUUAUUCGCAGGGCGAAACCAGGAGAAGACGACGCAGGCUACCCCGCCUCUCUCUCAAUCCUCGUUCACUUAUCCCAUUCUUCAGCAUCUGAAAGAGAUCGGGACCUUGAUCGACACGGGGGCGUACACGAAGGAGGUACGUCGGAUCGUUCGUGCCGUCUGCCACACGAUCGCGCUGCGCCACAAGCUCACUGCGCCAGUCCUCUCGGCGUUCCUUCACCACAUAUUAGUGUCUGGGUCGGACGUCUUGGUUCGGUUGUGUUCCUACCUUGCGAAAUCUUACCUUCUAAAAAGCAUAGGGUGGAAUCGCCUGGGUGCUCGGGGAGGAGGGAUUUUGCUAAAGCGGGUCAAGUUGUUGUCAACUAUAACACACGAGUGCUUCAAAAUGACAUCCGUACCCAUGUUGACAUAGGUGCGGGUGCAAAUCUCUACUUAAUUUUCUAUACACUCUUUUCUGCAAUUGUUGGCUUCUUGCUUGGGGCAAGUGAUGGUCUAGGUGAGAUUCAUUCUGUUGAUGCUGUUCAUGAGCUUUCUGAGCAGUUUUCUGAAGCUUUCAUGAAGUAUCUUCAUGUGCCAACCAAAGAGAAGCUUGGGAGCUUUCUUUAUUGCAUGUUACUUGAAGACAUCAACCAUGCUUUUAUAAGGGUAGCUUUGUUGGUAGCUAUGUGAUACUUGGAGAUGCCUUGAAGGGUUUCACGUCCAUAAUGAGCUGGCUGGACUCAGGCUCUUAUUGCACUCUGUGGGUUGCUAGCUUGUCAUAUAAUUGGUUUACUUUGGGUACUGCACAGUAAGCUCUUGCUGGUCCAGAAAUAACAACACACAUAAUUUGAAAUUUUUGUACCUUUGUUAUUUGCCAGGAGAUUAGAGGCUAACUCUCUGUGCAUGUUAAGGUGCUUAUGAGCCAUUCCUUUUGGAAGAAUCAUGUUUUUCGUCCAUUUUAUUGUCAUGUGAGUAUACCAUGCAGUUGGUAGGGAUAAAAGACCUCCUCGGAAACAGUAUUUGGAGUUAAUAUUACCACCUUUUGUUGCAAUCUUAAGACAUUGGAGGCCUCUUUUGGCUGGAACCCAUGCGCUAACAUCGUCCCCUAAUCGUUGAUGAUCGUGCACUGGCAGCAGAUGCUUUUCCUGUUAAGGUGACUUAGCCACUUAGGUCCCAUUGUACUUGUUAUUGGUCCGUACUUUUUGAAACUUUUAAACCACUUGAUGUAACUUUUGAUAUAUGCAUUUCUGUCUAUCUUUUGCUGUUGAA